GAUAACAUGAAGAUCUCGUCUUGCGAAGCGGUCCUACAGUACGUCCCAGCGCUUUCCGAAUUUGCAGAUCUUCGCUUGACUUUCGUGGUUAAUUUGGUGCUUAAUGUUUUUCUUUGUCAUGCAGCGGUAGCGUUAAACCUGCUCACGAUCCACGCAAUACGAAAAACCUGGUCGUUGCCAAAAACGUUGAAAAUAUUGCUCUUAAGUCUUGCUGUUUCUGAUGUUGGAGUCGGUUUAGUGGUCCAUCCAUUUUACAUUUCUCUUCUCGUGAAGUGGCUACACUAUAGCAAACCCAGCUGUUUUACCUACAAGAUAUUUUUCAUGAUCAUGUCUCUGUUUGCAUUGGCGUCGUUUUUUGGUGUUGUUCUUUUAAGCGUGGACAGAUUUAUGGCGAUUCAGUUUCACCUCAGAUACAGGGAAAUCGUAACUCACAGGCGUGUUGCUGCUGUGGUGAUCACCGUUUGGGUUUUCAGUGCUUCGCUGUCUUUGACACCAGCAUGGUUCCCGAGCGAAAGUUCUCUUAUUAUAUUCUUUGUUGGAACCAUUUGCCUUAUGUUUACUACUUUGGUCUACUGCAAGAUUUUUGUGGUUUUACGACGCCAUAAAAACCAGAUUAGAGGCCUUCAGUUGCAGCAAGCAGCACCGAACAGUGAAAUGAGAAACUUAACUAGUCUUUCAAAAUCAGCAGUCAAUUUAUUCUACGUUUAUGUUGUGUUUAUGGUGUGCUAUUUGCCAAGAGGAGGCAGUUUAAUUGGAACCGCAAUUUUAGAGCGGAGUACUAUGAUAAAGGGUUUUCUUCUUUGUUCGUGGACUCUGGUGUUUCUUAAUUCGUCUUUGAAUCCGGUAAUCUACUGUUUAAAGAUGAGACACUUUCGACAUGCUGUUAGAGACAUCUUGAGGAACAUGCGUUUUCGCAGAAAUCGCUCCCAAAGCGAACGUAGAACUUUUUCUGAUUUCCGCGGUGAGGACGUGACUCGCUUUCCAACCGGUUUAUGAACAACCGAUUCGGCAAUUGAGCGUGAAGUGCAAAUGGUUGAGUGAAAGAGUCGGUUUAUUCAAAAUCGGGGAAACUUUCAAGGAGAACAAGGAGCUGUUGCUUAAGUCGAUGUUUUUCAGAAU